AUGCCCGACGACCGCGCGCACGUACCGACGCCCCGCCCCCGCCCCCCAACGACGAACGCCUCCGCAACCCGCACACAUCCAGCCCCCGACGCCAACAAACGACGAAACAGCCCCGCCCGCCCGCAAAACGCCGAGCCCGCCCUCCAACGACGCGCACGCCCCAAGAACCCCCGCCCAAACGCCCCCCGCCGCACGGAAAUGCCCCAACGCCGAACAGUCACCCCCGCCCACGCCCCCCCGCCGACCCACGCGCCCCGCGCGACGCCCGCCCUCGUCCCUCGGACGCCCACCGCCCCCCAACCCCGCGACCGUACGCGCCCACAGCCCACCCCGUUUACACCGCCCCCACGCCCCCGUCCGCCGCCGCCCACACAGCCACCGACGCGCCCAAGCGUGCGACCAACCCAGACGCCGACGCCCACAAACAGGUCCCGACGAACGCCCAACCCGGACGCCGCCCCCACCCCCCCUGACCUAGCCCAGCGACACAGCCCCGCCCCCCGACCAACGACCCGCCUGCCCGCCGCCGACGCCACCGCGUCCCACGCCUCCCGUCCGCCGAACGGCGCCCGACCGCCGGACGCCGCCCCACCCGCCGGGCCCGCCCACCGCCGCCCGCCCGCCGCCCGCCGCCCGCCGCCCCCCCCGACCGCCUCCGCACUAGCCGGCGCCCCCCCGCCCCCACCGCCCCCCGCCCCGAGACGCCCCCCCCCCGCGGACCCGCCGCCCCCCCACCCGGCGGCCGCGCCCCGCCGACCCCGCCCCCCACGCCGCCGCCCCCUCCCGUCCGCCGCGCCGGCCCGCCCCCCGCCCCGCGCCCCCCCCACGCCCCGCGGCCGCCACGCCGCCCGGACCCGGGCCCCAAGCGCCCCCCGCCGCCGCCCCUCCCCCCGCCGCCCCCCGCCCCACCCCCGCCGCCCCCGCCCGAGACCCGUGCGCCCCACCGCCCCCCCCGCCCCCGCCCCGCAGCCGCACGCCGCCCCCCGAUCCCCCUCUCCCCAAGACCGCCGCCCGCCCCCCCCGCAGCCCGCCCCCCGCCGGCGGGCCCCGCCCAAAAGACCAGCCGGGCGCACCGCCCGCCCGCCGCGGCGCCCCCCGCCCCCCCCCCCGCCCCCCGCCCGCCGCGCCCCCGCGCCGCCCCGCCCGAGCCCGCCGCCCCCCCCGCUGGCGCCCCGCCCCCCGGCCGCCACGACCCCGCCCGGCGCACCCCGCGAGGCCCGGGCCACCCGGCGCGCCCCCCCCCCGCGACCCGCCCCCGCCACCCGCGGCCGCCCCGCCUCCCACGCCGACCGCCCGCCGGCCCGCCCCCACACGCCCCGCGGGGGGCGCCCGCCCGACCGCCCGCCGCCCCCCCGACCGGACGGCCCGCGCCCCGCCCCGCCCCCGCCCCGCCGCCCGACCCGCCCCGCGCCCGCCGCGCGGCCACCCGGGGCGCGACCGGACCCCCCCCCCGAGAAGGCCCCGCGCCGCCCGCGCCCAAGACCCCCCCGGCCUCCCGCCCCACCGACGCGACGCGCGGGCUUCCACGCCGAAACGACCGCGCGCCCCCGAACGCCGCCGCCCCCCCCAGCGCGACCGCGCCCCCGGCCGCCGUCCGCCCCCGAACCCCAGCGCGACGCCGACGCCGCCGCCCCACCCCCGACGCCCCCGCCCCCGCCGCGACGCCCCAGCCCGACCCGCCGCCGCCCCCGCCAGCGGCCCCGCCCCGCGACGACGCCCGCCCCCCCCCCCGACGCGCCGCCCCCCCCGCCGCCGACCCCCGCCCAGCGACGCGCCGCAGCGCCCCCCAACAGCCCGCCCGCCCCCCACGACGCCGCUCCGCCCCCUGAGACCGCCGCCGACACGCCCCCAAGCCCGGCCCGGGCCGCGCCCACCCGCCGCCCGGCCCCGCCGCCGCCGCCGCGACGGCCCCCCCCGCCGCCCGCCCCGCCGGCCCGCCGCUGCGCCAACGCCGCCCAGCCGCUACCCCCCCGCGGCGCGCCGCCCCCGCCGCCCGGCGCCCCCGCCCCCGCCCCCGCCCCGCCCCCCCGGCCCCCCGCGCCGCCCCCGCCGACGCGCCCCGCCCACCGCCGCCCGCCCCGCCCCGUCCGCCCCCCCCCGCCGACGCCGCCCCCCGCCGGCCCGCCCGCCCCGACCCCGCCCGCCCCGAGCGCCGCCCGCCCGCCCCUUUCUUCGAGCCGCCGCCCGGACCACGCACGCCGCCCGCCCCAGAGACGACGGCCCACCCGCCUCACAGCGCCCCCGCGGCGCACGACCGCCGCCAAGACGCCGGCCCGCACCCCGCCGCCGGCCCGCGCCCCCCGCGCGCCGCCCCCCCGCGCCGCCCGCCCCCCCCCCCGCCGCCCACCCUUAACCUUGCCCCCGCAACCACGCCGCCCCCGGUACCCCACCGACCCGCCUGACGGCCCCGCCCCCCCCGCCGACCCCGCAACCGGCGCGCUCGCCUGCGACGCUUUUUUUUCCCCCCACCCGCACCCCCGCCCCUGGACGCCGCGCCCCCCCCCGGCCCGCGCGACCGCCCCCCCCGCCCGCCCGCCCCCCUCGCCCGCCCACACGCCCCCGGGCCGCCGCCCCCCCGCACCCGCCCGCCGGAGCCACCCCGGCCCGCCCCCGCCCGCCCCCCGCCGCCAGCCAGCGCCGCCCGCCCCGCAGCGCCGCCCGCCCCCCGCGCCGCCCGCCCCCGCGCACCGCCCCGCCGCCCGCCCGCGACCGCCGCCCCGACCGCCCGCACCAACCCCGGCCUACCGCGCCCCGCGCCCGCCCCACGGAUGCCCGCCCACGCCGCCGCCCACCGCCCGCCCGCCGCGCUCGCCCGCCCCCGCCGACGCCGCCCUCCCGGACGCCGCUCCGCCCCCCCCACGCGCCGCCGCCGCCCACCCGGCGGCCCCCCGACCACCGCCCCCGCGAGCCCGCCCCCCGCCCCCCGACGCCGCGCCCCCGCCCGACGAGCGCCCGCCCGCGCCGCCGCCGCCCCCCCGCGGACGCCGGCCCCCCCCCGCCGCGCCGCCCGGGCGCCGCACGCGCGCCGCCCCCGGCCCGCCGCCCCCGGGGGGCCCCCCCCGCCUCCCCAGCCCCCACGCGCCCCCGCACCCCCCCCGACGCCCCCCCCCCCGCCCCGAGCGCCCGCCGCCCGCCCCCGCCACGCCGCCCCCCCGCCCGCCGAAGACCCACCGCGACGCCGCGCCCACCCCGCGCCGGCCGCCCCCACCGCCGCCCGCCGGCCGCCCGCCCCGCCGACCCCCGCCCCCCGCCCCCCCCCCCCACGACCCCGCCCCCCGGCCGCCCCCCCGGCCCCCCGACACGCCGCCCCCCCCCCCACGCCGCCGCCGCCCCCGCCGCGGCCGCCGCCCGCCCCGGCCUGCCCCCACCCCCCCCGCCGCCGCCCCCCGCGCCCGCCGCCGCCCCGCCGCGACCGCCACCCCCCCCCCGCCCCCCCCGCCCCCCCCCCGCCGCCCGGCGCCCCCGCCGCCCGCCCCACGCCCCCCGCCGCGCCGCCGCCGCCCCCCCCCGCGGCCGCCCCCCCCGCCCGACGCCCGCCCCACGCCCCCCGCCCCCCGCCGCCCCCCCCCCCCCGCGCCCCGCCCCCCGACGCCGCCCGCCCCCCGCGCGCCGGCCGCCACCGGCCGACGCCCGCCCCUCCCCGCGCCCGCCGCCCGCCCACGCCGCCCGCCACCCGCCGCCGGACGCCCGCACCAACUGACGCCCGCCCCCCGCCGCCGCACCGACGCCCCCAGACGCCGCCCCCCCGGCCGACGGCCGCCCCCGCCGCGCCCGCCCCCGCCCCGCCGCCCGCAGCGCGACACCGCCCCACCCACCGCCGACGGCCCAACGACGACACGGACGCCCCGCCCGCCAAAACCGCCGCCGGCGCCGCCCCCCGCCGCCCGCCGCAGCCCCCGCCACCCCGCCGGCCGCACGCCGCGCCCAACGCCCCCCCCGCCGCCCCCGCCGCACGCCGCCCCCCCCACCCAGUCCCCCCGCACAAAGCCGACGCACGCCGCCCGCACGCUCGCCCGCCCCAACCGCCGCCCCCCCCGGCCGCCCGCCCGCGGCGCCCAAAGCCCUCCGCCCGCCCCCGCCUGCCGCCCGCCCCCGUCCCCGACGGCCGCCCCCCCCCGCGACGCCCGCCCCCCCCGCCGCCCCCCCGCCCGCCCACCAAAACGCCGACCCGCCCCCCAAGCCGCGCCCGCCCCACGACGACCGCCCCCCACAACGACGCGCCCGCACCCAAGCCCCGCCCGCCACCGCACGACGCCCCCCCAAAAGACGACGGACGCCCCCCCCGCGCGGGACCCACAGCGCACGCCCGCCCCCCGCGGCCCAGCCCAACGACGCCGCCCGCCCCCAGCCGCCGACCCGCCCACGGCCGGCCCGGCCCAAGACGCCUGCAAAGCCGCCGCAGGCCGCAACAACGCCGCCGCCCGCCCCCGACGCCGCCCCCAGCCCGCCGACCCCGCAAACGCCACGCGCCGCCCGCCCCCCGCAACGCCGACACGACGCCCCCCAACCGACGCCGCCCGCCACAAAGCCGCCCGCCGCAACCCCGCCGACGCAGCCCCCAAGCGACCGCCCGCCCCCGCCGACGACCCAAGACCGCCCCGGACGCACCCGCCAGACGACGCCACCCCGCCCGAAGGCCACCCCCUGAGCACGCCGCCCGCACCCGCGACGCCGCCCGCCCCAGACGCCCGCCGCCCCCCACCCGCCGGACGCCGAUCGCCCAAACGCGGCCGCACCCAACCGACGACGCAAGCCCACACACAGCGGACGGCCGCCCACCGACGCGCCCCAAACCAAGACCGACGAACGCCUCAAAGACCGCGCACGACCCACGCACGCCGCCCGACCCCCCCAAAGACGCCUGCCCCCCACACGCCGCCGCCUGCCCGCAGCCGGACGCCCCCAGCCCUGCCGCACGCCCGACGCCGGACGCCCAAGACGACGACCCAACCCCGCCGCCGACGCCCGCCGGUCGCCGAACGCAAAACAGACGCGACGCCCCACCCAAAGACCCCCGACGCCCGCCCAACACGCGACUGCACACAGCACGCCCGCCCAAAAGACGACGCCGCCCAAACCGCGCAGACGCCGCGAACGCCCCAAGACGACGCACGCCAAAAGACGACGAACACGCGGCGCCACGACCGACUAUCGACGCACGCAAAAGACGACGGAAAGCAAAAGAGACGAACGCCCCCGCAGCCGACGAACGCAAAAACAGACCGAUGGCACGCAAAAAGAGCGACACGCAAAAAUGGACUUGCAAAAAACGACGCAAACGCAAAGGCCACGCGAAGAGACGCAAACGACAAAAAGACGCACGGACGAACGCAAAAGACGACGAACGACGACGAACGCAAAAAGACGACGAAUGCAAAAAAGAGACGAACGCAAAAAGACGACGAACGCGAACGCAAAAAGACGACGAACGCAAAACGACGACGAACGCAAAAAGACGAAAAACGCAAAAAGACAAAUAACGCAAAAAGACACCGCAAAAAGACGACGAACGCAAAAAGACGACGAACGCAAAAAGACAAACGCAAAAAGACGCAAAAAGACACGCAAAAAGACGACGAACGCAAAAAGACGACGAACGCAAAAAGACGACGAACGCAAAAAGACGACGAGCGCAAAAAGACGACGAGCGCAAAAAGACGACGGAUGCAAAAAGACGACGAACGCAAAAAGACGACGAACGCAAAAAGACGACGAAUGCAAAAAGACGACGAACGCAAGCGGCGAGCAGGAUUGCACACAAUCCUCAAAAUACGGCCUACCCAAAGUGGUAUAGAGAUGUAUCAUGACUUGGAGCCAGUCUGGACGGAUGCCCGGCCCACAAAAGCGCCCAAAGUCCCCAUCGUGGACGGCUAUUCAUCUAUCGGGGACUCCCGCUUAGACAUCAGACAUGGCAUUUCUGGCGAGCAGGUGCUUCCGGUACCUGGAAUAUCUGAAUGCGAAGUGCCAGAGUACUACUUGCCGAGGGAAUUAAUCUCAACUAUCUUGUUGUAG